UCCUCAGAGGAUCCUACGGCUGCGCGAGACACAGAGAGAGGGAGGGGGGGAGAGGGAGCGCGAGGAAGAAGGAACCAAAAAAAUAUAAAUAAAUAUCAAAGAUGGGCGCGCGCCUCGGGAGCGCGCGCCUGAGAGAAAAAUGCAACCUCCCCAAAAUAAAGCGCCAAGAUUGCAUUCAGCCGCGAGCAGCAAUGCAGAAAUAGAUGGCAGUCUGGUGUCAGUGAGUUUGCAAUCUCCCCCUCCUCUUCCUCCUCAUUUCUUUCAGACAGGCAAUUCGCUUCCUUACUACAAGUGGAGAACUUCCCCACUACACACCAUUGACGGCUUCUACUCCACAUUAUUGGGUGCUGGAUGGGUCCCUGUUUACACCUGAUUUUUUUUUGCCACUUUCUCCCAAAGUGUGACUACAAAUCCAUCUGAAAAAAAAGCCAAGCUGAAGACAGACAGAGAGAGGUUGGCUUGACUGGGAGCUCUUUCUGGAUCCCGUUCCCCCUUCUCUUGGUUUUCAUGAACAGGACUAGAAACCCUCCAGGAAAUUGCAGAUGCAACCCUAAAAGGACAAGGCUGGGUGUCUUUUGCAGUGGCUUCAGCUCCACCAUGGAUGUCUUGGCGAGUUAUAGUAUAUUCCAGGAACUGCAGCUGGUCCACGACACCGGCUACUUCUCCGCUUUGCCUUCCUUGGAAGAGAACUGGCAGCAGACAUGCCUUGAGUUGGAACGCUAUCUUCAGACAGAGCCCAGGAUGAUCUCAGAAAGCUUUGGUGAUGACUUGGAGUGUUUUCUCCAUUCUCCCUCAGCUCCGGGUACAGAAGACGGUAUCCCACGAUUGGACCCCCUGUUGUUACCGGUAGACAUGAGUACUUGUGACAAAAAUGCCAACAUAGACGUUAUUCUCUCCCGGGACAAGCUAUUGUCUGAGACUUGCCUCAGCUUGCAGCCAACCAGAUCCUCCACGGAGGGCCAUACUGCUGUCAACCAGGCCCAACUCAACGCUGUGACCUCAUUGACGCCUCCUUCCUCGCCAGAGCUCAGUCGUCACCUGGUAAAAACCUCACAAACUGUCUCUGCUGUAACUGAUGGCACAGUCACCCUGAAACUGGUGGCAAAGAGAUCUGCCCUCAGCCCUGUAAAGGUUGGCAUAGUGGCACCAAAUAACACCACAAAAUGUGUGCUCAGUGACAGUGAGCAAGGAGGGGCAGGGGCCGAUGCAUCCCCAGAAAACAAGAAGAGGGUUCAUCGAUGCCAAUUUAAUGGAUGCCGAAAGGUUUAUACAAAGAGCUCACACUUAAAAGCGCACCAGAGGACUCACACAGGUGAGAAGCCUUACAAGUGUUCAUGGGAAGGGUGUGAGUGGCGUUUUGCGCGAAGUGAUGAACUCACGCGGCACUACAGGAAACACACGGGGGCCAAGCCCUUUAAGUGCAACCAUUGUGACAGGUGUUUUUCAAGAUCUGAUCACCUUGCCCUACAUAUGAAGAGACACAUCUAAAUCACUGAACGUACUGCAAAUGACCCAGAUUUAGUUAGACUGAAGCAUCAUGGAAGAAUGGAUGGAACAGGAUUGUCUGUCUCUUGCUGCCAUUCAGAGGAAGAGAACUUGAUUACAUGAAGACCUCUGUACACGAAACGUGCAACCAACUCUACUUAAUUACAUACGCCUGUUCUCAGUACAUUGCUUGUCUGGAAGUCAGAAGACAUGUGAGAGGGAAAAGGGUGGCAGAAGAGGUCGGUAAGACAUGCCGUUGCUUCGGACACAAUGAGAUCCUUACAUUUUUGUUCCCUUUUUAUUGCCAAUGGAAAUCAAAGCAGAAGGAAGAGGAUUUAAUGCAGGCGAACAGCAGUAGCAGAAGCAUCUAUAACUUGCUUUUCCAUGCAACUUGAGGAAGUGGGACACUCUUUUGGAGUUGCAUAUUUGUAGCACUAACUUUUCCUUUUAAAUACAUUUCGGAGGGGAAAUUAAUGACCUAGAAAAACCAAAUCCCAGUUUGGUAGCCAAAACAUUCAUGUCUUGGUUCCUUUCUGUUUUUGUUUUUGAGAAACCAUUAUGUACAAGGAUGUAUCAAGACUUCUCAAGGACAGUUUUAUCUGCUCCAGUUCUUCAUAGAAGUGACUUGUCAAGAUCUGUUUGAGACAAAAUACCAAUGGCCUUAAUUGGCAGUAAACUGUGCAAUGACACCUGGGACACGCCUACCACUUUCCUGGCUUGAACCGAUGGACACUUUGUCAAGGAUAUAUAUUUGUUUUUUUCAGUUUCUUACCUUUUGAUAUUGGGUUAUUGCACAUCAUGUGCACUAGAGGACUAGGAAGACUGCUGAUGUGGUUUCACAGCGCUUGGCCAGUGAAGUCCCUGACCAACACCACAGUAUAUCUUGGAGGCAUCACCAUGCUGCCAUAGUUCAGACUUCCUAUUUAAUUGCCUAAUGAAAACUUGAAAAAUAAGCUUGUUUGGAAGCUUUGAACCUUUUUUCCUCUGUGUUCCUCAGAACUCUUGUAACACACCUGGAUAUCUGUCUUGGAUUCUAUCACUCAGGCAUGACUUCAGGUUUUCCUUCUGCACCAAUGGGAGGCAUGCUUGUUGCAACCCAUACUGAAUGGUUUGGAGUUCUGGUUGCUUGUUCUUGCUAGCCCUUUUAACCCAUUUGGUAACUUCCUCGUGCGACUGGCACCUGCAAAAUAUAAAUUUGGGGAUUGGGCAGACAUGUAAAAAUCUUAUUAUGGUUAUGAGUGGAAAAAUGAGAACCCUUGUCCAGUUAAAAAUGAAUAACACUAAACUGUUCUGCCCUAAAGGAAAGGCCCUCCUUGCCAAGGGUUUCCUCCUCCAUUUGUCAAACUGGUACAACUUUCCCAUUCUAAAAGCAUUCAGGAAAGGGGUUGGUGACCUUUUUCAUGUGCACCGACCUUUUUUCCAAAGCAAAAAUAAUGUGUCCACUUUGGCCAUUGGUAAGCAAUGGAUUUGUCAGGCUUCCUUUUGAAUCUUGUAGAUAAUUUGACAGUUGUACUUCAGAUUGGAUCAGUUUCCCCUGUACCACACACACACACACACACACCUUCUACCUUUAUAAUGGCUAUUUCUAGCUAGUUGGAACUGGCACUGAUUCCAAAGACUGCCUUUUCUUAACGCACUCUCUCUCUCAUGCAGGUGGAGAGCUAGUCAUUGAGAAUGGUUGUGUAUAGUGAGUAAUGUGGGACCAUCCCUCCGAGAUGAGCUGAGAAGUGAAAAACAGCAUGUAAUAUUCCCUUGGUUGCUGCUCUUCCACUCACAAAACUAGCUCACUGCCCUCCUUUUGACUGUUUUUUGACUUGCUGACUGUUCGGUAAUUUCCUAAUUUAUGUUUAGGAUGCAAAAACUUAAAAAACUUUUAAUAUAAAUAUAUAUAUAAUGUAUACAUAUACACACAUAUACAUACACACACACACACAAGAUAUCUAAAAUUGUGUAAUGUAAGUACAAACACAGGGAUUCUUAGCACUUGGCCUUUGGGUCUUUCUUUCCAUCUUUGAUUUCACCAAACUACCAGAUUUUCAAGCAAAGCUCCUUCCUUUUUGGAUCAGAGUUUCUAGGCACACUGUGACUGUCAGUGUCCAUUUGUGCUGCAAAUAUAAGGCCUGGCCCUUAACCGUGGGAAGAGAAAUGGACCAAAAUAAUGCACCAUCUCUGCAAGGGCAGUGAACGUUUGCAUUUAAGAACAAGGGAGAGAUCUAUGUUUUAUUCCAAAGAGUUAUGAUUAACAAUGAUUUAGAAAAUAUUGGAGCACUGUUUGCGGACAAUCUUGUAAUUCUCUAUAUGUGUGUUUGCAUAUUUUCUGUCCUACCCAAGUGUUUAGUGGGUUUUGCGAGAGCUAGCUACUUUGGGAUUUGAAUAUCAUGUGACAGUUUUGGAAUAUCAACUGAGGGAGAUGACAGAACACCUACAUGUGAAAAAUCUAUACAGUUCGUGUAGCAUCCUACAUAAUGUGCAAACAUAUUUGUCAUGACAAUAAUCUUUGGGUAAUAUCCAUGAAUGUCAUCACCCGAAAUGUUGUUAAACCUUGUUGCUUCUGGUAUUCUUUGCGAUCAUCUGCAGGAGUUGAUGGAAAAUUUAUUGUAAUGCUGCAUUUUAAAUAAUUUGAAAAUGGAACGCUAGAGGAACAAAAUGGAACAACACCAGUGGUUCCCAGUCUUUAGUCCUCCAGGUGUUUUGGACUUCAGCUCCCAGAAAUCCCAGCCAUUUUACCAGCUGUUAGGAAUUGUGGGAGCUGGAGUCCAAAACACCUGGAGGACCAAAGGUUGGGGUCCACUGACUAUACUGUAGAAUUAAGGAAGUUUGACACCACUUUAAUUGCCAUUACUCAAUGCUAUGGAAUCAUGGGAGCUGUAGUUUGUCAUAAUUUUCAGCCUUCUCUGUUCAAUAGAGCUGGUGCCUCAUUGAGCUGCAACUCCCAGCAACCCAUGGUAGUGAGGCAUGGCAGUUAAAGUGGUGUCAAACUACAUUAAUUCUACAGUAUAGAUGCAUCCAAUAUUGAAUUUUAAACUUCUCUACUAGCUCAGUGUAGAAUAUGAAACCAUCACUUCUUAGGUGGCUGGAAAGGCAACUCAUAACAGAACGUGUACUGUGCGCUGGUGUUCAAAGUAGGCCUGUAUCAUAAGAAUCAGAAAACACCAUGGUGACAGGUUGGAUUUCUACACUGGCCUUUCAUUUCUUUCCAAUGGCUCCCCAGAAUUAAUGAGAAAAAAUGUCCAGUUAUUUAGGAAAAAAAAGAAUAAUUAAAAUAAACAUGGCAUGCUCCUCAGGAAAAAUGAAAAAGAUCCACCAAGUGAGAUGGCAGGACAAAACAUAAAAGCCUAGUAGUGACCUUGGGAGAAGAAACUGACACCAGUAAUGGGGGAGGCAUUGCAAAAUAAUGAUGGAGGCUACUAUGUUCCUAACAUGACAGGCAUGUACCACUGAACAUGUCAAGAACACCCAGUAUGGUGUACUUCAUAUGUGGCUGACACAUUAGUCUGCUGGCUAGUCACUUGUACUCUGUGCCUUCACCGCUGUUUUGCCAUGUCCACCAGUAAGGCUACCAGGUCCCUUUGGUCAGCAUUUGGCAUUGGCUCCAUCCCUUUCUGCUAUUAUUGAAAAGACCAGUCUGCAAUCUGCUUUGUACUAAAGAGGCAAAUCCUAUGGAAGUCGGGAUUACACCGUGAGAUGUGCACAGAAUUUCCCUCUUGUUUUUGAGGUCAUCAGCAGAAAGGAAAAUCAUAUGUGAUGGGAGUUGCUAUAACAAUAAAGAACUGUGCUUUUUAGGGAAUUCCUUUUUCAUAUUAAGCGCCCUAAAUAACCUGAAGAGAAAGUCUGUAAAUAUUACAAGGGCCAAAUUUCACCACUCAUUCUGGCUCUCACUCCCUUGUACGUUUUUUUUUAAAAGGAGAGCAUUUUCUUACAUUGUGAGAGUGAUGACAAACUUCACCAGGCCUAGAGCUUGACCUUGAUCCAGAGAUGCUAAUGGGAGGAGAUCUCGUAAAGAGCAGUACUUUUUUUUGGAUGCUCACCUCCAGAAUCUCACAAAACAGCAUUCUGAGGGAUUCAGGGAGUCAUUCAAAAAAGUAAUUCUUGGCCCAGCUUUUUGAGUGAGAAGCAGCACCUGAUCCCAUAGUCUAGCACAGUGGUUCUCAACCUGUGGGUCCCCAGAUGUUUUGAACUUCAACUCC